ACUCAGACUUUCAGCAGGUCACAGGACACUUUUCCGCCUGUUACUAAGAUGUUCAAUGUACCAUAACCACCAAGGAGCCAGGAAGGAUAAAAGAGCAAAAGGAAUAACAAGUUUGAGAGAAUCAACUCAGAUAAAAGGAACUAUUUAAAAAAGAUUGUACUGUCCGUUCAAUUAAAAUAUUUAACCUAGAAAGGCAAAAAUAUCUAAUACAACAGAAGAAAGCUUCACCUGCUGUAGAAUAAAGGCAGGCUCUACUGACCUGGCAUUUUGCUGAAAAAGCCAUCUUCUUGCAAGAUUUUGCUUGUCAGCAUUUGGCCGCUGCUGAUGAGACACUGUCAGGACCCACUACCCCAAGAGUCGCUGUGGGGAGAAUAGCAAAGUUACAUCAUGAAUAUCAAUUUCAAACAACAGCCUGAGCCUGAGUUCAACUACAAAGUAAUAACACAGAGAAGUCCGAGUGAUUCUUCUUUUGGAAGAUCAAGUGGAACUUAUUUUCUCUCCAGACACAUCCCACAUCCCAAGACAGUCUGCCAUAUUCAAGGGUUAAAUAACGCACCUGUCUGUGUUGUGAGAGAUGCAGGGAGUUUUUCAAGACCAUACCAGGCUGUCGGCAAAAUCCUAAUCCCACAGCGAGAAUAUGAUCAGCAACAUGGGCUAACUGGGCAAGGCAUGGGCACGCCAUCUCCUAGCAGCACUACACUAAGCCUCCAGGCUUAUCCACACAUUGGGAAAGGUCCAUUGCGACCAGGUUCACAGCCUGGAAGAGAAGAAACGGCUGAGUUCUCUAAAAGGUCAAAAGACUCGCUUGUUUUACUGAGAAAGGAAGAUCCUUUGAAAAAACAACCAGCUCGUCCUCUGACUGCAGUUGGCCAUGAGAUCCAUCCUUCUCUUACCCGUCCCUCUUCUCCAGCCCGUUUUAUGCAUUACAAGCCAGAAGUCAGAGAGAAUAUGAACUAUGUUCCAAACUAUCUGGAUCAGGAAAUAAAAGUCUUGGAAAAACUCCGUGACAUUCUACAGACAGACUCCCUUGCAGAGAUCCAAGAGUGGCUGGCAAGGGCAAGUAUAAGAGAGAAAGAGUUUGUAUCAAAUUUGAUCCGCUCAGAAAUGACUAGCAGGGACUUGCUGAAUUAUCGGCAAAAUACGCCAAAAGGAAGUACCGUGGAGAACUGGAAUGUGCAUGAUACCAUGAAGCCUUCCCAUGCCCCUUGGACAGAACCAAGGGAAGAAGUGAACAAGUUCAGGCCUUCAAGUAAAGCAUCAGAAGCAAGUAAAGGAAUGGAACAAGAAAGGGAGAGAGAUGGUCAUUUGUCCACAAGAGGGGAGAGACUUACAAUCCCAAUUUCUGAAAACGUACACAGAGGAAGGUGCCACAGUCCUUCCUUAGCGCUCCGACAGAAGCCCCACCUCCGCUACAGCAAGUUACCCACUGAUCAGAGAGAUCUUACUGCCAGAGAAUAACUUCCUCUUUAAAGCUUCUGAAACAGCACAACUGUUCCCUUCAAGUAUUACCAUAUGUACUAUUAGCAGCAAUAAUUACAAACAUACCUAACGCUGGCUUCCCCUUUAAAAACAAAAACUUGUGUUAAUUUCAUUUAGUCCGUAAGUGUUUCACCAAAGACCACUGAAGAGUAUAUACAGAAUGACUUCUCCAGAAACUUUUGGAUAUUUCAUUCAAAAUGCCUAUACAAGUAAGAUUAAGAGAACUGUAAAUAAAAGAUGUUUCAUCUACCCUGCAAGACUCUUAACACAGGCAUUUUAUCUUUAAGGAAACCUAAAUUUGCUAUUAACUUGGAACAUCAAGUGAAGAGAGUAUCCACUGCUGUUAUGCUUUCUAGCCUCUCUGAAAUGAUGCACUGUACAGCAACUGGGCAGUACUAUAUUACACCUUGAUUACAACUUUAGCUGUGGGUGGAGUUGUAACCACAGAACUAAUCUUUUUCUCUGCAUUCUAGAGUAUAUUAUAUGACACCAUAAGAGAGAGUCGCAACUUGAUCAAAAAAACCUCAGGCAACACAUUUAAAAGCUCUGUUAGUCUAUAAGGUGCCACAGGAUUCUUUGCUGCAUUUAAAAGCUUGGCAGCUGACUUGCCCCCUAACACGUAUGUGCAUAUAUACACGUUUGUGCACAGGGGUCAGGCCCACAAAUGGAUACAUUGUGUGUGGAUAUGCCAACUGCUCAUGUAAUUAUAGAGAUACAUGGGCACAUGUAUGUUUUGCAAGGUGCAAGUCACACACCAGUUUUUGAAAAGCUGACCCUAAAUUUUCAAUCCUAGCUCACUAGAAAAAGCAUGACUACAGGCAGAAUGACAUGCUCUCUGCAAAAAGAGUAAGCGAUUAUCUAGAUCAAUCCCUCUCAUAAUAGCUGAGAAGUGUCACAUAUUUAACACUGGGGGUGAGGUGGGGGGGGGAAGGGGAAUGAGGGGAAAGAAAGGGAGGACAAAAAGCCCCAACAAAACCAACUAAAUAAGCCCGAGAUCACAGAAAUGGUGGCAAGCGCAGCCUAUUUAAAACUGGAACCAUUUAUUGAAACCCUACCUUAACCCACCCUUUUGGGCAUGUUUGGAUAAGAGAAGUCACACCUCUGUUUUUGGUUCACUAAAAGAUCUAGGCCAGAGAUUCUCAACCUUUGGUCUGCGGCUCCCUGGUUAACAAAACAACAGAAUGGUUACAUGAUGCUAUCACACCUUGUUUGCACCUAAGUCACAUUGAAAAGAAAGGAAACAAUUUGAAAUCUUUUAAAUUAAUACUAAUUUUCCAUGUAAGCAAUUGCUAUUGUUGCUCCAGGAGUAAAGGACAACAGGGAAAGUUAAGGAUGAAGAGAAAACAACUGAAAUCUCUUGGUUGAGUUGAUAUUUUAUUUCAUUACUUACCUUUGUUCUUUAAAGUAAAUAAUAAAAAGUCAGCUUCAAGAACAGUAGAACAAGCCCAAUCUAACAGAGUAUGAGAGAGUCAUUACUGAACAAUUGAUGGCAACAAUGCUAAUGUGUCCUUUCAGUAGCAUGCUUAACUUUCCUCUGAAGCUGCUUGUGGUCCUGGUAGGUUAUUGAGCAAAUAUAUUAGAGUGAGAAGUGUAUUGGUUUACAAAGACAACUACAAUCAACAACAUUUUAUAAGUUUUUUUUUCCAAUACCGUCUGUACUUAUUUGCAUAAGAACAUAAAGCUAGUCCCCCGCCAAAUCUGCCUCAUUGAAGAUAAGUUGUAAGAUAUGUACACUCACACAUGUGGCAAAAGUGCUUCAAUAAAUAUAUUUAACAGGUUAAAUAGUCCUUUAACAUAUUAGUGACAACCCAUUGUACUUAAUCCAAUUUUUGACUGAUCCUAAUAAAAAUGCU